AUGACUCGUUAUACUCGCGACCAAUACGUCGCCAUCAUUAACGAUUUUUACACGUUUCUGACGAGAAUGUACAUCUCAGACUCAGCGUUGAAGCACCCGCCUGAAGGGGGUUGGCCCAACAUCACGCCAGAGAAUUGUAGCGGAUUUGGGAAGAACGCGUUCGUAGUAGACCUUUUAAAGCACCUUCCGUAUAUACAGGGAGGACAAGAUAACGACGUCGACAUCCAUUAUAAAUGCAACGUGUUCGACUACUCUACCGUAACGCCUGAGGAGUUCAGCGGCACUUGGAUUAAGAUCGGAGAGAUACCCGCUACCGCCGACGGACCGGUACCGGCACAUAUAGUAGUAAUUGCAGAGGGCCACGAGAGCGGCGGAGUGGACUUGUUACUAGACACGGAGGAGGGUACGAUCAUCGAGGAGAUAAUCCGGCACAGCCGGGGUGGCGAGUGGGACGUGACGGAGUACUUUAACGAUCUCAAGCAGAAAUACGAGACGUUACAGAUGUUCCACAUUCCCGGAACCGAAACUGUCCAAGAGAUGCCGGACAGCUUUAACGAGGAUGAAGCGGUGGCCCCAGUGGAAGGCCCGCAGCACGACGACGAAUUCUUCCCGACGGAGGGGGAUAAUUGCUGGGUCCGCCAUAUCUACCGGAGCCAUGGGUGGCCGGGCCCUGAGUACCGCCGUGACGAGUGUAUGGAAGCUAUUAUUAGGUAUAAGGCGAUGAGGGAGGGUGUUAGGGAAGAAGGGAAUGAUGAAGAGGGGAUCAGAUCAGAUCCCCUCGAGUGA